ACUGUAUUGGUGUCACUGGGGAUGUCAGUGACCCCAAUGACACCAAUCAGUGCUAAUAAAAAGUACUGACACUGUACUAAUGGCACUGGGCAAGAAGAGGUUAACAUGUGGGGCGAUCAAAGGAUUAACUGUGUGCUGUUUUACUAUGUGGCCUGUGUGUGCUUUACACUGUAAACACACUGCUUUGUAUGGCUCUGCUAUGCAGAGGCAUACAAAGCAGUGUGCAGGAGCUGAGAGGGGAGAGAUCUGUAUUGUUUAUAUACAG